UCGGUCACACACUCUCAGCGAUGAUGGUGAGGCUGUGGGUUUGUGUCUUCCUGCUGGCGCGCGUUCUGACCGAAGAGCUUCCUGCCAAAAACAUCCAUCUGCUCGAUCCAGAGGAGCACAAACUCAUCCUGAACCUCGGACAGAAAGAUUUUCCCCGGGACUGUUAUGAUCUGUGGCAGAGCACCGGCGGUCAGGCGCGGGACGGCCUGUAUCUGAUCCGCCCUGGAGAUCCGCCCAUUGCCGUGUACUGCGCCAUGCAGGAGGGUGGAUGGACGGUAGUGCAGCACAUCACGGUCAACAGCAGCGUGGACUUCGACCGCAGCUGGGACGAGUACAAGCACGGCUUCGGAUCACUGACCGGAAACCACUGGCUGGGGAACGAGCACCUGCACCGGCUGACCCGCGGCCCGGCGCGCUACAAGCUCGGCAUCAAGCUGGUGGACAAGGACGCCGUGACCAAGACGGGUGAGUACGACCCUGUGCUGGUGGAGGAUGAGGACACGCAGUACCGCCUGCGUCUGGGUCUGUACGAGGGCACGGCGGCGGACGCCCUGACGCUCGACACCGAGAACUACCUGCACGACAACCAGCGCUUCACCACCAAAGACCGUGAUAACGACAACUACUUCCAGAACUGCGCCCGGCUAGAGUUCCAGGGUGUGGCGGGCGGCGGCUGGUGGUACGACGCGUGCGCCGGCGCGAAUCUGAACCGCAGGAACGUCAUCUACUGGCAGAAAGACUGCAACAAAGAGCACCUGUGCAAAUACGCCUGGAUGAUGGUGAAACCCUCAGAGCAGCUCAAAGUGAUUCGCUCUGGAGACUGUACGAGAGACGAACUCUGAUUCACUCCACCACACGCUUCAUCACUGGGAAAAACACCCAGUUAUCCUGAAUUAUCCCUACUUCACUCUGCGUCAGGAGAUUUGUGUUUAAAGGAAUAAAAAGUUGAUGUACACUGCAAAAAAUUGUUCUUUCUGAGUAUUUUUGACUUGUUUUUCAGUACAUACUUUCUUAAAUCAAGUACAUUCAUUGGAGAUUCAGAAUGACAGAAGAAGAAAAACGAAUCAAAAUUAAGUGAGUUUAUGAUUGAAACAAGAACUGCCAGUGGGCUCAGAAAAAUAAACAAAAGGGAAAACAAAUUUCUUUUUCUGACUCAUAAUGCAUUCAGAAGACUAUUUUCACAUUCUGUUUAUUUUCUAAGACAGUCAUAACAUAUUUUAAAUAAAACCAUGUUGUAUUUGAUCAGCAACUUCUCAUUAGGAAUGAAUGUGAAAAAAAAAGUUUUAUUUUCAUAUUUUUGAAAGUUUUGAAUGUUACCAUGUUAUUAUUCCAUUUGCCCAUUUUUAUUAAUUAAAAAAUUUAGAAAUGAUUUGAAAUUACACAAGAUCCACACCAAAAAAUAAAAAGUAAAAAUAAUAAAUAAAAUUCUCUCUCUCUUAUAUAUUAUAUAUGCAAAAUAUAUAUUUGUCAAUAUUUAUGAGAAAUUCAAUUUUGAAUAUAUCAUUGCAUGAACAUAUAAUCUGAGAAUUAUCAGUAUUAACCCCAAAGGAAUUAAUGGAAUUUAACUAAAUUCAUUUAAAUUUAUAACUCAAAAUUGCUCAAAAACAGUCUAGAUUUACAAAACUUACAUAUUUACUUUUAACAAAACACCACCACAACAAGUUUUUACAUCAAUUAAAUUCAUUUUACUUAGAUGAAAUUUCACUUUCAGGUGAAAUUAAUCAGUGAUUAGUUUUUCACCAAAUAUAUUUAAAAAAAUUUUUUUGGCACUAAUACAGCUUCAUAGAUAAUUUUUCAAAAAGCAUUUUGGCACUAAUGGUGCUCCAUACAUACCGGGUCAAAAUGACGAACACAAAACUUUUUUUUAAAUGGUCAUAUAACUUGAAAUGUAAUACAGAAUCUGGGGAAAAAAGCAAGUUUCGUUCACUAAAAACUAUAUAUUUUUAGAAUUUUUUUAAUGUAUCUCUUCCAGGUCAAAACACCGCUAAAUGCGUUACCAGCAUGAAGAAUGUUCACUCAUUUUGAUACAUUUUUCAGAAAAGAAGCUUCUCAAGUUAAUGUAUCUUGCCUUAAGAAUGUUACAGAUGUUUGUACUGAAAACCAAGACAGAAAUACUGAGUACAGUAAUCAUUUUGUGCAGUGUAGUUAUGAAUUACUAACUUGUUAAAUACAUUAGAAUCAAUUAUGUGGAUCAAAUAUAUCAUUUUAUUCAACAACCAUUUAAACGUCAGAAUUAUUUGUACUGAAGAGUCCAAAAGCUCUCAUGAAACUGAUAUAAAAUCACGCACGAUCACAGGUUACAGGGAAUGAAAGAGCAAUAAAGCUGAUGAAAUAGAAAGUUCUGGCAUCUUUGAUCACCUUCAUUGAGUGGUUUACGGCACAUCGAAACGAAUCUUCUGAGCACCUAUAGAUGAAAAUCACACGUCAUCAUUAAAACAGUUAGUUUCACAUCAUCAACACGACAAAUAUCCAGAAUCACCGUAUCUUCAGAGUCGUCUCUGAGUUUCCUUGCGUCAUUAAAGCCGCUCUCAUAAUGGCACAAUAAGGCAUCUGAAGUGGUACAAUCGACAUCAAGCCUUUGAAAUACAACAUUAGCCCUUUAACACUGACAGACAUGAAGAAGAUCAUCUCUGAUGGGGAGUUUGUUCUGAACUCAUGAAGCGUGUUCCUUCAUCAUAAUCUUAUGAUAUUGACAUCUGGGUAUUUAUUUCCAUAAAGGAUUGAUGAAGUGUUACAGAAUCCAAUGAUGGACUUACAGUCACUCAAACUAUCUAUCUGAACAUCAUUGCAACUGCUGUAAACAGCUCACAUGUGACUUAUGACAGAGUUAAAGGAAUAAUAUUUAUAAAAAUAUUAAAGGGAGAAUUCACUGCUGGCAAGGGGGGCUUUUAAUAAAAAUGGGCUGUAGAAAUGCAAAAAAAAAAGUUUCCAAGAUCCAGCUGUCAGAUGUCUGAUGAAUGACAUUAAAUGAUGUUUUGCAUCAUCUGCUGGACUUUUGUUGACAAAUAAAUGGGUGCUCUGGCUCCUGGUACACAUUGCUGUACUAAUACAAAAUUGGUUGAAAAUUAAC